AUGCCUGACGCUUCAAAGAUCACCUCUGCUUCUUUUGGAUCUGAUGGUUCAUCGCAAUGUGAUUUUACUCCGUUUCCUGUGAACACCAUCAAGUUGAAUGGAAGCAAUUAUCUUAUGUGGUCUCGUUCCUGUUUAUUUGCGAUUGGUUCUCGUGGCUUUUCUGGCUACAUCACAGGCACCACGGUCAGGCCUACAGAGACUGGUUCUGCGCAGGAUUGCUGGAUGAAUUUUAAUUUCUUGGUCAUGUCAUAUCUGGUUAAUUCUAUGGACCAAGACAUUGCUGGGCGGUACCUUCUUCUUGACUCGGCUGCAAAAAUAUGGGAGACAGCCAAAGAUACUUAUUCUCAAGUUGGGAAUGCUGCCCAAUGCUAUGAACUCCAUCAAAAAAGUCAUUCUACCAAACAGAUGGAGUUAACACUUUCUCAGUAUUACAAUACCAUGUGUACAAUGUGGCAACAGUUGGAUUUUCUGGGCACCUUCACUGCUACCACUGAUGUUGAUGCCACGGCCUACCGCAAGUGGGAAGAUGGUUUACGCGUCUUUGAUUUUUUGGCAGGGCUGAAUAUUGAGUUUGAUCAUAUCCGGUUAAAUAUUUUGAAUCGGGAACCUCUCCCCACUCUUGAACAGGCCUAUGCGAUCCUUUCGGAUGAGGACAUUCGACGAACAACCAUAGUUCACCCAGUUACUCUGGAGAGAUCAGCUCUUAUUUUUGGGUCACAGUCUGCCUGUGGGGGCUCUUCCCGUUCUGCUAGCACUGAUCUGUCAUCUGGUGAUUGCCCUCCCAUUAAAUGCGAUUACUGUGGGAAGGAAUGGCAUACGAAGGACCGUUGUUGGAAACUUCAUGGUCGCCCUGCAGAUACUCGCGGCCGUGGUAGGGGUGGUUCCAAUCGGUCCAAUGAUACCCGUGCUCAUCAGGCAACUACUGAGGAUCAGCCUGAUCAUUCUCUGUCACAGGUUAUGGAGGAUUUACAAAAUUUACGGGAUAUGGUGACUCGUUUGGACUCGUCUUCUUCGACAUCUGUAUCCCCUUCCAUGGCUGCCUCGGUUCUAUCUCUACCUACUAAUCCCAAUACACCUUCCACAGGAAUUGGAAGCGGACGAUGCGAUUGCAUGUGUCGGACGACUUGGGUAUAUUUGAUGCAUAGUAAGAGUGACGUCUUUACCUGUUUCACUUUAUUUCAUAAGAUGAUCGAGACACAGUUCGAUGCCAAGGUCAAGAUUCUCAAAUCUAAUAAUGGGAAGGAGUAUAUGGAUGGUGCCUUCUGGUCUUAUUUGGACAGCCAUGGGAUCAUUCACCAAACCUCUUGCGUUGAUACUCCCGCUCAAAAUGGGGUGGCUGAACGCAAGAACCGCCAUCUUCUGGAGGUUGCUCUUUCUCUUAUGUUCACUAUGGCUGUUCCUCUUCGCUUUUGGGGUGAUGCUAUUCUUACAGCUACAUAUCUUAUCAAUCGGCUUCCCUCCCAUGUUUUGGAUGGUCGCUGCCCCUUGGAUGUGCUCUGUGUGUUUGACUGUUGCUUCUCCACGGAUGUUUUGGAAGAGGACGAGUACAGAGUUUACUUGGGUGGGAUCGUGGCCCAGCUACAUGACCACUAUCCUGAUGCCUCUUUCAUGUUAUUCAAUUUUAGAGAGGGAGAAAGGAGAAGCCAGAUAUCAGAUAUAUUGUCACAGUAUGACAUGACUGUCAUGGACUACCCUGGGCAAUAUGAGAGGUGUCCUUUGUUACCAUGGGAGAUGAUCUAUCACUUCUUGCGGUCAAGUGAGAACUGGUUGUCAUUGGAAGGCCAACAGAAUGUGCUGCUGGUGCACUGUGAGAGAGGAGGAUGGCCUGUUCUUGCUUUCAUGCUUGCAGGUCUUCUGCUAUAUAGGAAACAGUAUACUGGGGAGCAGAAGACUUUGGAAAUGAUUUACAGGCAAGCUCCUAGGGAGCUCCUUCAUCUGCUGUCUCCUUUAGACCCACAACCUUCACAACUGAGAUAUCUCCAGUACAUCUCUAGAAGGAAUCUGGACUCCGAUUGGCCAUCUGUGGAUGCACCUUUAAGCUUAGAUUGUCUUAUUCUCAGAGUCCUUCCCAUGUUUGAUGAAGAAAAGGGUUGCAGGCCAGUUGUUCGUGUUUAUGGUCAGGACCCUUCAACUGUGACUAAUAGAAGUUCAAAAAUUCUUUUUUCAACUGCAAAGACAGAGAAAAACGUUUAUCACUAUCGGCAGGCAGAGUGUGCACUUGUGAAAAUGGAUAUUCAAUGCCGUGUUCAAGGUGAUGUGGUUCUUGAGUGCAUCCAUUUGGAUGAAGAUCUGGUGCGUGAGGAAAUGAUGUUCCGAGUUAUGUUUAACACAGCAUUUAUCCGCUCAAAUAUGUUGAUACUCAACCGUGAUGAGGUUGAUGUUUUGUGGGAUUCCAAGGACCAGUUUCCUGUGGACUUCAAAGCAGAGGUAUUAUUUUCAGACUCAGAUUCUGUUGGGUCUAAUAUCUCCUCAGAAGUGGCAACUGAAGAUGGAGAUGAGACUGAAGGGGCUUCAACAGAGGAGUUUUAUGAGGCGGAGGAGAUCUUCAGCAAUGUAGAUAUGCAGAGUGGAAAAGGGGAUCCUGAUGUGCAAGAACUUUCAGAAAGCAUGUUCUAUGAUGUAAGUUCUAAACCAGAAAGGAAGGAAGAUAUUGAUCUCCAAACGGUUAAAGAGAGUGCAAUGGAUGAAAGGAAUCAGAAACAGGACAGAAAGCAGGACUCUGAUUUACAGACAAAAGAAAACAGCACUUUUGAUGAUGGAAAUAGAAAAUUGGUGACAAAUGUUGAUGAAAGCAGAAACUUAGAAACCAUAUCACUGCUCACUGAUGUGCACCAUGAUUUGGAAAAAAAAGCAGUGACUUCUAGUAUGAGUUCCAAACAGGGAAGGAAUGAGGGUAUUGAUAUCGUUGAAGUUAAUGAAAUGGGUGAAGGGAAUCAGAAACAGGUCAUACAGGAGGAUUCUGAUUUACAUACAACUCAAGAGAGAACUUUUGAUGAUGGAAAUCACAAGUUGGAAAUAAAUGCAUAUACACACAGAAGAUUAGAAAUGGAAUCACCACUUACCAAUGUGUGCCAUGAAUUGGAAAGCAAGGUGGUGACUUCUAACGUGCACCAGGAACUGGUUGAGAUGGGCAGUAAACUGAAUGCAGAGAAUAUUGUUACUCAGAAGAAAGAUUUGAUGGUUCUGCAACAAAAGUUGAAUACAGAUUUUUGUAGUCCAAAACCCGAGAAAUUGAUCCCACCCACAUCUAAGAAGCAGCUAAUUUCCAAUGCAAAAUUAUCUUCCGAUCCAGUUGUAGCUAAACAAAAUAUUAAACAGCAAGAAAAUGAAGGAGUUUCUACCAAACCAACAAAACCAGAGACUGUUGUAUCUCAAUGGAUGCUAACAGACCAAGGUCAUUGGACUAAUUUUAUGAAUGUGCCAUCUUGUCCUCCAUCGACAUAUAACAGUGCACCACCUACUUUUUCCAUUACUGCUAUUUCAAAUGAUUGUGGUACAAGUGAGUCUCCAAAGUCUCUUCCAUCUGUUGUUGCUGGUCCUGAAGAUGUAAUUCCAUCCGACCAUCUACCUGAACCAACUGUAGAAGAACAUAAAAUUGUUUGUAUAGCACCUUCAAAAUCUACGGAGGAUACAUCAACUCCCAGUUCAUCAUCACCAUCACCACCUCCUUUAUGGGCAGGUACUUCGGUCCCAUUCCUACCAGUUCCUUCCUUUAACACUUCAUUGCCUUCUUUUUCCCUAGGAUCACCUCCCCAUCCCCCUAUACUUGAAAGAACAACACUACCUCCUCCUUCUCGUCCCCCUCCCUCUCCCGCUCCUCCUCCGCCUCCAUUUACAAGCAUUUGGGCGACUCUUCAAGGUCCAACACUGGCUCCUCCUCCUCCCAUGAAAAAUGUAGUUGGAUCAAUUGUCCCUCCUCCCCCUCCACCGUCACGUUUUGGUGGAAUGGUCUCCCUUAGGGAAACUUUUGAUGGGUUUGUUACCCCUGCUCCACCUCCUCCAUCCCCUUGGCAGGCUGGAGCUUCUUCAAAUAGCUCUUCUGCAGUGCCAACACCUCUACCCCCUCCAACACAUGUAGCUCCACUUCCUCCACCACCACCACCUCCUAGGUGGGGAGCUUUGCCUCCACCUCCACCUCUUCUUCCUCUGAAGCAUAGAGCUCCACCUCCUCCACCACCACCACCACCACCUCCUAAGGGGGGAGCUUUGUCUCCACCUCCACCUCCUCCUCCUCCAACGCAUAGAGCUCCACCUCCUCCACCACCACCACCUCCUAAGGGGGGAGCUUUGUCUCCACCUCCUCCGACAUAUAGAGCUCCACCUCCUCCACCACCACCACUACCUCUUAAGGUUCUACCUCCUCCUCCGACGCAUAGAGCUCCACCUCCUCCACCACCACCACCACCACCACCACCACCUCCUAAGGUUCUAUCUUCUCCUCCGACGGAUAGAGCUCCACCUCCUCCUCCACCACCACCACCUCCUAAGUUGGCAGCUUUGUCUCCACCUCCACCUCCUUCGACGCUUAGAGCUCCAUCUCUUCCUCUACCAGCUCUUCCUCCAACGCAUAGAGCUCUACCUCCUCCACCACCACCACCUCCUAAGAUAGGAGCUUUGUCUCCACCUCCACCUCCACCUCCACUUCCUCUGACACAUAGAGCUUCACCUCCUCUACCACCACCACCACCACCACCACCUCCUAAGGUUCUACCUCCUCCUCCGACGCAUAGAGCUCCACCUCCUCCACCACCACCACCUCCUAAAGGGGGAGCUUUGUCUCCAUCUCCACCUCCUCCACCACCACCACCUCCAAGAGCUCCACCUCCACCACUACCUCCUAUGGGGGGAGCUUUACCUCCACCUCCACCUCCACCUCCUCCACCAUCACCUUCUAGGUGGGGAGCUUUGCCCCCACCUCCACCUCCACCUCCUCCUACACGUGGAGAUCCACCUCCUACAAGUGGAGCUCCGCCCCCACCACCACUUCCUCCCUUUCGUGGUGGUCCACCUCUGCCACCACCUCCUCCCUUACGUGUGGCUCCACCUCCACCACCUCCUCCAUUACACGGAACUCCACCUCCUAGUGGAGCUCCGCCCCCCCCACCACCUACUCCCUUUCGUGGUGGUCCACCUCCGCCACCACCUCCUCCCUUACGUGGGGCUUCACCUCCACCACCUCCUCCUCCAUUAAAGGGACCUCCACCUCCUGGUGGAGCUCCACCGCCACCACCUGCCCCUAUGCGUGGUCCACCGCCGCCUCCACCUCCAAUGCGAGGAGGUGCUCCACCACCACCACCCCCUCCUACAGGUGGAGCUCCACCUCCACCGCCACCUCCUGGAACUACUCGUGCACCUGGUGCUCCUCCUCCUCCUAGACCUCCAGGUGGUGCACCACCUCCACCUCCGCCAUUUGGAAAUAAAGGUGGAGCUCCACCUCCUCCAGCUGAUGCAAGAAGUUUAGCAUCAGGAAGGGGACGCGGUCUUGUACGUCCUGGAGGUGCAAAUCAGUCUGCUGCUUCACCUCGAAGGUCUUCAUUAAAGCCACUACACUGGGUGAAGGUAACACGGGCAGUGCAAGGAAGCUUGUGGGCAGAAUUACAGAAAUAUGGAGAACCACCAACUGCACCAGAAUUUGACGUUUCAGAGCUUGAGCGUCUCUUCUCUGCUGCUGUUCCGAAGCUGGUUGAUAGUUCAGGAGGUAAAUCUGGAGGACAGCGGAAGCCAGCUGGGUCAAAAGCUGACAAAGUGCAACUAAUUGAUUUAAGGCGGGCCUAUAAUGUUGAAAUUAUGCUCACAAAAGUUAAGAUGCCACUUCCCGAUAUGAUGAGUGCAGCAUUAGCGUUGGAUGAUUCAAUUUUAGAUGCUGAUCAGGUGGAGAAUCUUAUAAAGUUCAGUCCUACAAAAGAGGAGAUGGAACUUCUGAAGGGCUAUAGUGGUGAUAUAGAAAAACUGGGAAAGUGUGAACAGUUCUUUCUGGAGUUGAUGAAGGUGCCACGGGUCGAGUCCAAACUAAGAGUGUUUUUUUUCAAGAUGCAAUUUGUCUCUCAGACUACAGAUUUUAGAAAGAGUCUGAAUACUAUAAACUUGGCAAGUGAUGAGGUUCGAAAUUCAGUCAAAUUGAAGGAAAUCUUGAAAAGGAUCCUAUAUCUGGGGAAUACAUUAAACCAAGGAACUGCAAGGGGUUCUGCAGUUGGAUUCAAGUUGGACAGCCUUCUAAAACUCAUUGACACACGUGCUAACAAUAGGAUGACUUUAAUGCAUUACCUUUGUAAGGUUCUAGCCUCCAAGACACCAGAAUUUCUUGAUUUUCAUCAGGACCUGGUUAGCCUGGAAUCUGCAUCAAAGAUACAAUUAAAGUCCUUAGCAGAGGAAAUGCAAGCCAUAAUCAAAGGGAUAGAAAAGGUAAAGCAAGAGCUGUUUGCAUCUGAAAAUGAUGGUCCUGUGUCAGAAGUUUUUCGCAAGACAUUGAAGGAAUUCAUUGGCAGUGCUGAGACAGAAGUGGCAUCCUUAACAUCAUUUUAUGCAGCAGUGGGUAGAAAUGCAGAUGCACUUGCCCUUUAUUUUGGUGAAGACCCUGCCCGUUGCCCAUUUGAACAAGGUAUCUACAAUAUCAAAGUUCUUUUAUUCUCUGCAUAUGUAAACUCCGAUGAGUAAAUGUAUGGUGGAGUUGUUUCUGGUUUACAUUUUUUUACUAUUUCCUCUUAUCAAAGCAUGUGCCAUGUGGUUAUCAUUCAACUUAACACGAAUCAAUGAAGAAGGCCGAUAUUGUAUAUUCAAUGUCAUCAUCUAUCCUUCUGGUAAAUUCAGCCCAAAUGUAU